ACAGCACUUUUCAGUCUCUUGCACUGUCUGGUGGGGUGGUUUCGCGCGCCUCAGUAUUCGCCGGGUAUAUAUUGUGAGUUGUUGUUUACAGUAAACCUCAUCAUAAUUCUUCCUAACCAACGAUCCAAACAGCAUUUACAGUAGAAAAUGGCGAAACCUGCAUAUAAAGUUGCUGAUAUCAAGCUUGCUGACUGGGGCCGAAAGGAAAUUAUCAUUGCUGAAAAUGAAAUGCCUGGGCUGAUGGCAUGUCGCGCAAAAUACGGUCCAACGAAACCUUUGAAAGGGGCCCGAAUCGCAGGAUGCCUACACAUGACAGUGCAGACGGCCGUCCUCAUUGAAACACUUGUUGAACUUGGCGCUGAGGUGCAGUGGUCAAGCUGUAAUAUUUUCAGUACACAAGAUCAUGCAGCCGCUGCUAUUGCUGCUGCGGGGAUCCCAGUUUAUGCCUGGAAAGGCGAAAGUGAUGAUGAAUACAUGUGGUGUAUUGAACAAACAUUGGUAUUCAAAGACGGCAAGCCACUUAACAUGAUUCUGGAUGAUGGCGGUGAUCUAACGAAUCUGGUUCACCAAAAAUACCCCGAAUAUCUUAAGGACAUUAAAGGUCUUAGUGAAGAGACUACGACCGGCGUUCACAAUCUUUAUAAAUUAGCCAAAGAAGGCAAACUUGGAGUACCUGCAAUUAACGUGAACGAUUCAGUGACAAAGAGUAAAUUCGACAAUCUCUACGGGUGCCGUGAAUCACUCAUUGACGGUAUAAAACGGGCAACCGAUGUCAUGAUUGCAGGCAAAGUUUGCUGCGUUGCAGGCUACGGAGAUGUUGGAAAGGGUUGCGCUCAAUCUCUUCGAGCUUUUGGAGGACGCGUUCUGAUUACUGAGAUUGAUCCGAUUAUCGCUCUUCAAGCUGCCAUGGAAGGGUACGAGGUUACUACAAUGGAAGAAGCCAGCAAAGAAGCUUCGAUAUUCGUCACAACGACCGGCUGCGAAAAGAUUAUCCUUGGUGAACAUUUUAUGAACAUGAAAGACGAUUCAAUUGUAUGCAAUAUCGGUCAUUUCGAUUGUGAAAUCGACGUAUCAUGGCUGAACAAAAACGCCACCGAAAAAAUAAACGUAAAACCUCAAGUGGAUAGGUACACACUAUGUAACGGUCGCCAUGUUAUCUUACUUGCGGAAGGACGUUUAGUUAAUUUGGGAUGUGCUAUGGGUCAUCCAAGCUUCGUAAUGUCCAAUUCGUUCACAAAUCAAGUUUUGGCUCAAAUCGAAUUAUGGACUAAGCCUGGCCAAUAUAGUGUAGGCGUCCACAUGCUACCAAAGGUUUUAGAUGAAGAAGUAGCCAAUUUGCACUUGGACAAAUUGGGAGUCAAGUUAACAAAAUUGACCGCAGCGCAAUCUAAAUACUUAGGAAUCCCUCAAACGGGGCCAUUCAAACCAGAUCACUACAGAUAUUAACAAAAAUGUUGAUGAUUUUGUAAACAAUAUAUUUAAAAAAAAGUAAAAAAUU